AUGCCGCAGAAUGAGUAUAUUGAGGAGCAUAUUAAGCGCCAUGGUAGGCGCCUUGACCAUGAGGAGCGCAUGAGGAAGCGUGAAGCACGAAGUGCUCAUAGGGCAUCUGCUGUGGCCCAGAAAACUAUCGGUCUGAAGGCCAAGAUGCUGAACAAGAAACGCCGUGCCGAGAAGGUGCAGAUGAAGAAGUCCAUUAAGCAGCACGAGGAGCGUGAUGUGAAAAAAUCUGCGGCUCCUAGCAAUCCAGAGACCGCGCUACCUGCCUAUCUACUUGACCGCGAGGGUCAAAAAGAUGCGAAGGCGUUGUCUAGUGCAGUCAAAGAGCGCAGGAAAGAUAAGGCUGCGCGUUAUUCUGUGCCCCUUCCGCAAGUUCGCGGUAUUGCCGAUGACGAAGCAUUCAAGGUCGUGAAGACCGGAAAGCGCAAGCAGAAUGGAUGGAAGCGUAUGGUGACCAAGGCCACCUUUGUUGGCGACAACUUUACUCGCAAGCCUCCGAAACUGGAGCGCUUUAUUCGUCCCAUGGGUCUCCGCUUCAAGAAGGCACACAUUACGCAUCCUGACUUGAAGGCUACCUUCCAGCUUCCGAUCAUUGGUGUGAAGAAAAAUCCACAGUCUCCUAUGUACACGCAGCUUGGUGUCUUGACGAAGGGUACGAUUAUUGAGGUGAACGUAUCGGACCUUGGUAUGGUUACGUCGGGUGGCAAGGUUGUUUGGGGAAAAUAUGCCCAAGUCACGAACAACCCUGAAAAUGAUGGUUGCGUAAAUGGCGUAUUGUUGUUGUCGUCGUAG